AUGGCACCAAGUGAGGAAGGCGAGCUCAGCGCAGGAUCUGCAGAGGGGCUUCAGGCGAGUACUUGGUACACAAAGAGGGCGCAGCAGCGGUGGGUGGUGCCAGCUUCAGGCAUGCGGCGGCUGCGCAGAGCUUCCAGCAAUGCAGGGUCAGAGCUGGCAUCUUUUGAGGAACAUUCUGCUAGCUCCGGCCUGCAGCCUGCUGAAAGCACUCUUAAACGUGGUGACCUGGCGGUGUCACACAUGCGAGGUGAGCACGAGCUGAGUCCGGCCCUGAAGGCGCUGAGUCAGCUUAAUCAUGAUGACAGCGGCGGCUGGAUCCACGACCUCGACCGGCUGCAGUCAAAGGGGAGUGCUGUCCUGGGUGGGAAUGCCGGCAUUCCAGGGCUAAAAGUCCUACCUUCUGAUGGGCCAUCGGGGAGGCAUGAAGCUGCGGAGGUGCAUGCGCUGCUGCGCAACAUUGCUGCCGCCCCCGCCUUUGCGGCCGAGAGGGCGCUCACCUGGCGAGAGGAGGUGCUGGAACGCCUCUGCAGACGGGCCCUGGACCAGCCAGAAAACAACAGAACCCGACUCGUUCAAAAAGCGAAUGGCUCGUCAAGCUUGCCAGCAUCAACAGAGGCAAUCAUUGGAGUGGCAACUUACCGCGACCCGGGCAACGCAUCAGAAAAGAGCACCACUGCAGCAAGCAAUCCUUCAAGGACCUUUUCUGAUGGCGGCUUGAAUGGAGUUGGCAGCAGACCAGGGCUUGCAUGGGACGCGCACUGCAUGGCCGGGGUUUUGCUGGGGGCAGGAAUAGCGAUGGCGGACCUAAUCAGGCAGGCAGAAGGGGCGUGCGCCGAACGCGGGGCCGCCCUGGCAGCUGCCUGGAACCUGCACACCGCCGUGUGUGACUCCAUUAUGGAGAGUCUGAGGGAGGAGGCAGCCCAGCAGGAGCAGAAGAACAUCACUCUGCAGGCCGAGCUGAUGCAUUUGCAGUCGGCGGCUGAGGACAACAAAGCACUGCAGCGGGAGAUUGACCGCCUCUGCAAGGAGGUGCAAGCGCAUGAGGUGGCGGCAGCACGAGCGGCGAUAAAAGAGGCGGAAGCCGAGGAGAAGCUGCAAUCCGGUCUUGCUGAGCUGGACGCGGUGGAGCGGAUGGCGCGGCGCCUGCUGGCGGGCAUGCGCUGGCGGCAGGCCACGAUCCUGCAGGGGUCCGCGCAUAAACAGAGCCUCUUCCGGCUGCCCAGCGCCCGCAGCCCCUGCCCGCAGCCCGUCCUGCAGCAGGUGGCAAUGCUGCAGGGCACUUCAAUGGCUCUUGCAGUCUCGACUUUCCGGCGGGACCGGACGAGGGCGGAGCAGCGACUGGCGCUCCAGAGGGCGUCCGCGGAUUCUGGCGGCCCGGGGUCCAGAUUUGCAAACGUGGUGCAGGACACAAUGGUUGGCAGCGCUGCACUCUUGUCGGCAAUGGCAGGCGAUGCGAAGAAGGCCGCCCAGAUGCUUGACACUCUUGCCCCAGAGGCACAAGCAAUGGUGCUAGCAACGCUGGCGCCGUCAGAGCGGACAGGGCUGCUGCGAGGAAUGUCCGACGAGGGCGCUGCGGCAUGUUUGGCGGCCAUGAGCCUGAACGCGCGCGGGGGAGUUAUUGCGGAUCUGACGACUGCCGAUCCCACGCUCGCCACUUGCGCACUCGCCUUCAUCUGGCAUUCGGCGGCGCUGGCGGGCAAGUGGUUGGGCAGCAUGGCUGCCCCGGAGGCUGCCCGGGAGCUGCUGGAAAACACCGACCUGCCCCAACAGCGCCAAGUGCUACUGCGUAUGAAAGCCCACCGCGCAGCCGCGCUCCUCGAGGAGAUGGAGGCGCAUACAAGGGAGGGUAUCCUGCAAGGGCUGGCUCCAGAGGCGACAGCUGCAAUUCUGCAGGCCAUGCCUCGCGCCAUGGCUCUGUCCAGCUUGCAAGCCUUGAUCAAGCCAAUUGCGCAGCAGGUGCUGGCGUGCUUUGGGGGUUCUGAGCGGGCGGCGCUGCUGAGUCACCUGUCUGUCAGCGACACCCUGCGACUCAUCCAGGGAUGGGUGACAGAAAGGCAGAGGGAGUUCCUGCAGGCGCUGCCAGCUUCCACUGCCACGGAAGCUACCGUGCAGCUUCUGCUGCAGUCCUCCCACAAAUGGACAUACUCCCCACCUGUGCCUGCGGCAGUAGGAGCCGGAUACUCUGCUGGGGAAGAUGGGGAAGAUUUCUCGGAACAGCAGGAAGCCGAGGAGGAAGUUGACCAGGAGGAGGUGGAGGAGCUGAGGGAAGCUGCCGGGAUGGAACUCCGCGCGGCUGCUGCCGCGGUUUUUGGCCUGCCCUUCGAGGACAAGGCCAAACUUAUCGGGGCGCUGCCGCCAACUGCCGCCGCCGCGCUCACCGGCACGCUGACGAGGCAGGAGGGUGCACAGCUUAUGUCGGAGCUGCCGCAGCCGCAACUGAUCGCCAUCCUCGAAGCCAUGGGCCCACUUCAGAGAUCUGAGACGGAGGACGCCCUUCUGGCAAUCUCCAAGUCAACCGGCAGCCCACGCCGCCGCUCCCUGCGCAGCAUCCUGCGGCCGGAGCGACCGGACACAGCAUCUUCGAUUGGGUCAAGGGCUUCGAAUAUGGACUCUUCUGCCCGGCGCACCUCGCGACUCAGCAUCCGCGCUGGCAACGGCAGCGCCUCCCUCUCCAUCGAGAAAGGCGUAGGCAUGAUGGUGAGGGAUGCAAGGGUGUCCAGGAAGUCAGUUGUGCGGCCUCCAACCGGGGGCAGCGUUGAGGAGCAAACACAGGGCGUGCAGUUGAGACCAUCAAAGGUCGGCUUCAGGAAAUCAAUGGCUCGUCCCUCACUGGCAGGCAACAACGCUCAGGAAGCUGCACAGGACCCGAACCAAAGACCGUCCAAAUUUGGGCCCAGGAAAUCUAUGGCUCCCUCAACAAGGGCAGACACCCCAUAA